AUGGCGGAGUCAGAGGCACGGCUCAAGCUGAGUCCCGGGCGCUCGACGUGGCUCCGGGCCCGCAAGGCGCGGUCCCAGGUCGUUUUCAGCCGUCGGUGCCAUCGGCGGCUCGGAGGCGUGCACCGAUGCGAGCGGCGGCGUUUGCUGCGGCGGCGGCUGCUGCAGGCCCAGGCGGCUGGCGCGGACUGGAAGGAGAGCGUCAAUCUGGGGUCGGACAAACCUACGACCCGGAAGCACAAGGCCUCGACCCCUAGCCCGGUUCCCUGUCGGGUACCGAGCCCGACAGCAUUCCCUACGCCAGCACCGAGCAUCCCUGCAAAAGACGCGGGCCAGUUAGUGCGGACGGUGGGCUUGGGCCGCAUGGUGUUGAUGCUGCCGGCCGAGGAGGGUUUUACUUUUAGUGGGGUCUGCCGUGUGACCUGCCUCUAUGGCCAGUUGGAAAUAUAUGGUCAUACCAUGGGCCAUGGCCAGCCUGCCCAAGAUGUCUUCUCUACCUAUACCCACGCAUACAUAAGUAUCAACGCGCUUUGUUACCAGAUGCCUGAGAAGAGUGAAAAGGAGAUCAGAAGGGAAAUUCGGGCUCUGCUGAAACCUCAUCUGAAACUGGCUGACAGACAUUGGGUGCUAGAGCACUUUUCUCCUCUGUAUUCUGUCAUUUUGCUGGAGAAGCUGAAGAGCCCCCUUGUGAACUUUAUAAGCAGCUACCCAGGCGUGUCAAGUGUGUUCUUGCAAGAGAAUCCUCCUACGAAGAUUAAUUAUGAAUAUGUAACUCUGAGGUCUGUUGGCAUCAGAAGACAAAAAAAGAAAAAACGUAUUUGCUUAAGUGAGAGCGCCUUUUCAGCACUGGAAGAGUUAGUCAGUGUUUGUUGUGAAGUGGAUGGCUGCCCUGUCAUCUUGGUGUAUGGAACUCAGGACAUUGGAAAGUCCACUUUUAUCCGGUACCUGGUUAACCAGUUGUUAAAUAGUAUUUCCUGCGUUGACUAUUUGGAAUGUGAUCUGGGGCAGACAGAAUUCACUCCUGCUGGUUGCAUUUCUUUACUUAACAUUACAGAACCAGUUCUGGGACCACCUUUCACCCACCAGAGGACACCACAGAAGAUGGUAUAUUAUGGGAAGACGUCUUGUAAAAAUGACUGUGAGAAUUACAUUGAGAUAGUCAAAUACGUAUUCAGCUCUUACAAGAAAGAGUCCCCACUUAUCAUUAACACGAUGGGCUGGGUGACAGAUGAAGGGCUUCUGCUGCUUAUUGAUCUGAUCCGCCUGCUGUCUCCUAGCCAUGUUAUUCAGUUGAGUUCUCCCAAUAGUAAAUACAUGCCCACCCUCACCUCAGAGUAUGUGGAUGACAUGGACGGCUUGUACACAAAAAGCAAAAUCAAAAGGAGAUACCGAGGUUUUCAACUUCCAGAAUUUGGAGACAAUUUGGAAUUUAUUGAUGAAGAGAAAGACUCAAGCCCUGUUUUCUUCACUGGACAUAAGCUAAUGUGUGUGCGCUCAGAGUUCUUUUUUUGUAGCAAAAAUGCAAGAAAUAGGGAUUCCUAUAACAGAAUUUUCCGAGAUCUGGCAGUAUUAGGUUACCUUAGCCAGCUGAUGCCUCCACUGCCAAAGCCACUUAGCCCUUUACACGGUCUGACACCCUAUCAGGUCCCUUUCAGUGCCGUUGCACUCAGGAUUAUUCAUUCUGAUGUCGCCCCCACCCACAUAAUGUACGCUGUGAAUGCCAGCUGGGUUGGCCUUUGCAAGAUUGUGGAUGACAUGAGGGGAUAUACGAAGGGGCCCAUCCUGCUGGCCCAGAACCCAAUAUGUGACUGUUUGGGCUUUGGCAUCUGUAGAGGCAUUGACAUGGAGAAGCGGCUGUACCACAUCCUCACCCCUCUCCCCCCAGAGGAGUUAAGGACUGUCAACUGUCUGCUCAUCGGGACUGUUUCCAUUCCACAGUGUAUCUUAACAAACCAGCAUGGGCUCAAAGGUGCAAUUCCUUACAUCACAACAGAUUACAACUUUAAACUUCCUGGAGCUUCUGAGAAAAUUGGACUAAGAGAAGCUAAGCAAGAUAUAAAGAAACUAUACCCUAAGCAUGGGUUUUAUCAGACUUUUCUACCGGGAACUGUUUCUGUACAGUCUGCUGUCAGCAAGCUGGGUGCGGUUUAGUGGUGUGUGGGUGGUGGUCUUAUGGGCAGUAGGAGAACACGCUGCCCUAAUAAGCAGCAGUUUCUCACACUCCCCCUUCCCUCCCCUCCCCCUUUUUCUAAGUAAUUGUUUUGUUUGUUUUUUUUUUGUAUUUUUACAUUUUAUUUAUUUGCAUGGGUGGAUAAGC